AGUUGUCUCACUCUACCUAAUGGUGAAAUUGGCCAGGGCAGCCUCUUUCUUUCUCUUUCUCUCCUGUUCUUUUGGCAGUACAUUCUGUGUUAUUUGAAAGCAGGGAAGCUGGUUUCAAAAAUGCAGAACGGAAAAAGGAAAUUUGCCUCAGGAAAGCAGACAUCCUCUAGAUUUCUUCAAAAGUGUGGGGCUGAGAAUGAUCUGUGCUGCCCAUUCCUGGAACCUGAGCCGUGCUCGAGCGUUCAGGCAAAAACUUCAGAGGGGCCUUGCUUUCAGAGUAACAGCCUGUGAUGCUCAUUUCCUGUGUGUGAGAGAUAGGAGGGACGGAAAAUAGCAACAAAUCUGUGAGUUGCCAACAAAUUCACAUUCCUGGAAAGGCUGCACCUCACAUUCAAGUUGGAGGGACUGAAGAGUAGAUCUCUUUAUUGCAACAUCACCAGAAUCAAUUCUGGUUUCUAAGAAGUUCAUCUUUUCCCCUCAAAAUGGGAGAGCCAGCGACCCUCCCCCCUUUCAAUGAAGCAUACCACAACUUGACAGAUCUCUUCCACGCGUUCAAUCACACAUUCAGCACUUGUGAUUUGGGACUAGAUGAUGGCGUUAAACGGGUCUUUCUCUUUGUCCUCUAUCUCAUCAUCUUUGUGGUGGGAUUGGUGGAGAAUCUCUUGGUCAUAUGGGUCAACUGGCAGACCCGAAACCACCGGAACUUGGUCAACCUAUACAUUUUCAAUAUGGCCCUUGCAGACUUGGGGGUGGUCCUCUCCUUACCAGUCUGGAUGUUGGAAGUCGUGCUUGAUUACACUUGGCUUUGGGGAGAUUUCCUCUGUCGCUUCACCCACUAUUUCUACUUUGCCAACAUGUACAGCAGUAUUUUCUUUCUCACCUGCCUCAGCAUUGAUCGGUAUGUGUCCCUGACAACUUCCUCCCACUUCUGGCAUCAACGCCAACAUCUUGUGCGACGGAUCACCUGUUGCUGCAUAUGGGCUUUUGCUGCCAUCCUCCCUUUGCCAGAGGUGGUACACAUGGAGUUAACUGAUACCAUUGAGCCCGUGUGUUUCUUUAUGGCCCCACUGGAGACCUACAAUGAGUGGGCCCUCGGUCUCACCCUCCUUUUUGCCUUAAUUGGGUUCUUUAUCCCAUUCUCCAUCAUGGCAGUCUUUAACAUACUGACCGCCAGACACAUCAAGCGUUGUGAUAAACCAGAGAGCAGAAAAAACUGCUACCUCAUCUAUGCUUACAUAAUUGUCUUCUUGAUCAGUUGGCUGCCUUUCCACUUAAUUUUGCUGAUCUUCACCCUUGAGGGAACAAGUAUAUUCCUCCACUGCUCUGUGCUUGAGUUCCUGUACUUCUUCUACGACAUCAUAGACUGUUUCAGCCUUGUCCAUUGUGUGGUCAAUCCCAUCCUGUACAACUUCCUGAGCAAGAACUUCCAAGGAAAGCUUAUCUCUGCUGUGGUUCGAUACAUUCCCAAGAGCCAGAUGGAGCAGAAGGACAGAGAUGGCUCUUCCUCCAACACCCAACACUCAGUAGUCAUCACACAAGACAAGCCCUCACCAAUUUAAACAGCUUUCCUGAUUUUUGGGUCAUUGUCAUAAGAAUGCAUUUGCAUUUUUCUGUAUCAGCAAAGGAUAGGCUUCAUUAGGAUACUUGUUGUUGCCAAUGUUUUUUACAAUUUAAAAAGAAGGUCAAUAUAGGAAAAAAUAAGGUAGGGAGGAGGAUUAUGUGCUGCUGUGUCAAACUGACUGGCCUUAAUCAACCAAAAUCUAACAUUGCUAUUAGUCCUUAGCUACUUCCUUCAUCUUGAAAUUUGAAGUGAAAAAAAAUAUUUUUUUUUUUGCUGCUUUGACAUUUUACUGUGGAAAAGAGAUGUAUUUCUCUUAAUGUCUUCUAAUGUGAGCAGUUUUUGUAUGAAAAUAGUAUUCCGAAAACUUAAUGCUGAGCUGCUGGUUAAACAGAAUUGCUAGGAGAGCAACUUAUACCUGAAGCACUUGUAAAUAUAGCUCCAACCUAGAAGCUAAAGAACUAAAGUGAUCUGUGAAGAUAAAACAAGGUGUAGCCCUAUUUUAAUGUGAACAUUCAAUUAGUUGUCUCUUAGAACCGGGAAAUCAGGAUACUAACAAUUCGAUCCUAGCAAUUCCUACAUAGGUCUUUUUAGCCCAAACCACUAACGUUUACCUAACACAGGGGUCGGCAACCUUAAACACUCAAAGAGCCACAAAGGUCCUAACCAGAAGCCCCUGUUCAAUUCUGGAGCCGACCGGAAGUCCGGUUCCCCCAUCAUAGUCUUCUCCUAGCACGGCGUCCUUUUUCCUCUGCUGACCGGAAGUCUAGUUCCCUCACCAUAGAGUUUCCUCCUAGCAUAAUGUCCUUUUUCCUCUGCCUGUCCUAACCGAAAGCCCUAUCAAUUGGGAAGCCGACCAGCAACAGGGAGCCACCGCAGAGGGAUGAAAGAGCCACGUGCGGCUCCAGAGCCACGUGUUGCUGAUCCCUGACCUAACACCACAAUAAAAAUGUGAAUUUAGGAAACUGUGAAAAGAAUAUUUCUAGACGAUUAUACCACAGGUGAUUCUAGAGUUUCUCACUUCUGAGAGAAUGCACAUCACCCUGAAUUCUUUCAUUGUGUUAAAAAUCCCAAACUAGAUUCUGGGGUGUCUUCCCCCCCCCCCCCCCCGCCUUCUUCUGCAGCUGGAACAUUUGUCUAUCCUUGACUUUUCCACCUCUUUGAGUUAUAUACCCUUCUAACAUUUUACCUAGUAUGGAAAUAAAUUUAAGAGAGAAUUAUUUCAGUGUUUAAUGCUUGCAAAGUAAUGCUAUUACUGGCCAUGGAUCAUGUUUGUUAAGGACUGGACAAGACAUAAAGGGUCUCUGUAUUUAGAAAGUGGACAUAACUGGUUUGAAGAAGAAAUUCAUAAAUGAACCGAACGAAAUGCUGGAGAUAAAUUCUCUCUCUGUCCCUUAAAUGAAAUACAAUGUAAGAAGAUAUAGCUAUGAUUGUUGCAUCCAAACAUCAUUCAAGGGAUGCAGAGAAUAUUUUUUUAACCUAAUACAGCAAUGGAAUAGUGCAGUAGAGUGGGGACACCUGUAAAUGUAUUUGUAAACAUUCUAUUUUGACAGAAAUAUGCAAGAUAAGCCAUAGGAAUUUUCAAGCACUUUUAAUCUUUCACCAACUUUACAAAAGUGAUGUAAAAAUGGGCAGAUGGGCUGAGUGAAUCUUGUACUCAAUAAAGUGGUAUUUUGAUUGA